AUGGCAAACGAGGAUCUCAAGAAGAGUCUUUGGCAUGCAUUUGAUCUUCUGGAUAUAACUGGCCACCCACACAAGACAAGAACAUUAAGUGUGCCGAAAACCAAACUGAAGGUACUGACCAACAACCUGGGUCAUCUUCUGGGACUGGAGAAGGCAGAGACAAUCUGGGAUCAUGUGCCCUGUGAAAAUGUUUGUUUCGACCUGUUCAUGGACGUCCUAUACAGUUAUCUUUUCACAGAAAUGGACAAAUAUUCUGUAUCCAGAUUUGCUUAUCUGAAAUCUGAGAUUGACAAUUUGUGCUGGAUGCUGUGUGAAAAGUCGUAUCGACAGAUCAGUAAAUCUCACAGUGUGUCAGUUUGUCAGAGUGAUGAAUCAGCAUUGAAUACAAUUGUGAAUUCAAAAGUGACUACAGAUGCUGGCAAUGAGGCAGAGUUUAGCAGUGAUACUUAUUUUAAACUUUGGAAGAUUUUUAACUUCUUGGUGGAAAGAGCUGAAGACGGAAGCCUAACUGUACCUUUAAAAAUAGAUUUGGAGGAAGCUGAGAGAGUUCUAAUGGAGGUCUGCCAAAGGGCUGGGCUGCCAGUUUCUAGAGACAUUUUGAGCCAAAGACAAAUUACAGAUAAUUUAAACAGUGAAAUUUUCUUGCUGGACUUUUAUGAUUUUCUGAGAUUAACCUCGGAGAGGCUGAGUUCCUUGGAUGAUCAAAAAGCUGUUAGCUAUGGAAUUUCACAGGUUCAUGGGUAUAUUGUUGCUGAUAUUGUCAGGAAGGGCUACAUGGUGAAGUUUGGUAACAAGAUAACAACAUGGAAAGAGAGAUGGUUUGUCCUUACGGCCUCGACUUUCAGAUACUAUGUUACAUCUGAGGAAAAAGAUUUAAAAGGCACCAUCUUCCUUGGUACUGAUUGUAAAAUCAAGAACAUACCUGAGAAGUCUGGAAGCAAGUACCAUCGAUUUAUACUGAACACUCCAAGUAAAGAUUAUGAAUUAUCUGCCCCUGAUCUCAAGUCCAAGAAUGAAUCUUAA